GGCUUUCCUUUCUCACCAUCCUUUUAAUUGUGCUUUGUUUCUGGUUUCUGUUUUACACCGAAUGAUGAGAUAAUUAUUUGCUAAAUCACAGUGUCUGUAGGAAAUGUAUUGCUAAAGGUUUGUGCCAAGAUAAUUACAAAGGUCCUACUAACAUUUCUGUGCUUCCUGUAGGGAAUCCAGGAUGGGUGUGGUACUGUCCCUUCUGUGAACUGGGAAAAGCUGUGAGAAUGCAACAAAUAAAGCCUUGGCAUUGUAGUCAUUCCAGCAAGGAGCCCUAACCCAAAUUGCUUUCUGAUAAGCAAUGACUUAAAAGCACAGAUCAGUGAGCAAAUCCCACAGUAAUGAUGGAGAGCUCUUCAGAGACCUGGCUUUGAGCAGCUGUGCUGGUUGCUUGCUCUUGCUGCCCCACUAAGCUAAAUGGGAUGUGAGGUGAAAGUGCCCAACUACCCAGGGCCCCAGAAGUCAAAAAUGCAUCUCUAGUUGUUGCAUAACAUAAACCUCACCUGGAUACUCAUAUCCACUUCUAAACUCCUUCAAAGAAGAAUUCUUUAUAAAAACCUUGCUUUGAAUUCCUGUGGCACAUAAAAAGUUAUUAUCUGUUCUUGGGGGCAAAAAUGAAUUUGUGUUUGAGGUUCCCCCCCCUCCCCUUUUUCCAUGUGCUGUUGCUAUGUUGAGCUCGUGAGAGGAGUGGUAGGAUAUUUUGGGCAAAGCAAAGCUUUUGUUUAUUGUAUUUACUUUCUGCCUGCUGAAUUCCUUAGUACAGGAGAAUUUUGCUUCCCUCUGGAAUUCACAAUGCUCAGACUAAUCUCAUAAAAGGAGAAGGGACUGUUACUGCCCAAUUGCAAAACCUAAUCUGCUUCUAACAAACUCCUGGGCUCUGAUAAGUCAGUAUUUUUAGGCCUUCUUAAUAAACUCAAGAGAUUGGAAAAUGAGUCUUAAAAUAUUUAAAGUAAAAGUGUUAUUUUCUAAGAAGAGGUGAUGAAUUGAAAUGAUGGGAAUAACAUAUCUGCUGUCCCUCAAUCUCCCUAUUGUCCUGAGGCCUGAGAAAUGUCUAAAUUAUGUAGAGCAUUGGGGGGAAAAAACCCCCAAACCAGCCAAACCAAUAAAUCCAGGCUGUCAGAGGAGGAGAAUGGGGCUGGAGUCCAGGUGGCUCUGGGGAGAGCCAGCGGUGAUCCCAGGUGUCUGUACCCAUCAGGGAGCACCUAUCUCAGGGUUAUCUGUCCUGAGUGUGUCAUCUGGCUGCAGUUCCAGCACUCUCCCAGACAGAGAAGUCCCUGCUAGUGAGAAGAUACUGAAGACUUGCCAAAAUCACCCUUUUAAUCUCCUCCUCCCCACAGAGUCCUGUACAAGGUAGGGCAGGCAGGGCUUUGGUGUCAUGAGCUCUCCUGGGGAACUGCUGAGCUCUUACCUUCAGCACCACGUUUAUCUGUUAAAGGAUCUGCUGGUGUAAUUCCUUGUAAAAGUCAUCAUAAUGAUCAGUUUUCCAGCUCCCAAGGUAUCCUUUGCCAAGGCUGGAGGAGGGAAGGGGAACUCAUUUCUUACCAGCAAGCCGACAUUUUCUAGUUUGCCCCCCUCCUCCCUUCACCCCCCAAACAUAUGCUGAUUUUGGAUCCAUGUUAUUACCAUCUUCCUGGCUCCAUGACAAGCCUAUUUUAGCAGCUGAACGGGGCAAAAAGAGGAGGAAAAGCUCAUUGCUGUCAUGGGGACUUUUUCCUAUUUUGAGUGUGAUCUCCAGGGACUGCCAGUCCAGGUCCUGCCCUUUAUUCCCAAACUUCCUGAGCUGUGCAGCCCAGUGCAGUGGCUGAGGAGUGUGGGCUCUGGAGUCUCUGACUAGUCUCCCCGUGUCUCUGCUUGUCCUUAGCUUGGAGUUUGGAGCAGGGCAGUCAGGGAUUUGGAAGUUUGUACACAGCUGCUCCUUCCAUAAACCAAACCUCAGCAGCGUGCUGUGGUCAGGGGGAGCUGUUUGUACAAACACCAGAGGCUUUGACAGUUUAUAAAGUCCCUGUGUGGUCCUUCAUCUCCAGUACUUGUAGGUCUAAUAAAAGAAAUUUCCCCUGGGUCCCACUAAAGACCUGGCUGUGUGCAUUUGUCUUAAUUUCUGUAGUAGUCCAUAACUCAGAGAGAAGCAGGAAUAUGGUGCAUUAGUUCCUUCUCUGGGCACUGAGGGCUCACUUGUGGCCAAGAGAUAAGGUGAUUGCAGCACACACCCACGCCUGCCCUCUUCUCUGAGUGAUACUGGGUUAUCAGGGAUACCUGCCUGCUGGAGGGGGAUGGUCUGCCAGGGGCACACAGCCCGGAAUGUAAAUAAAGGAGAUGAAAUAAACAUUUUCAUUCUUAAAAAAACGACUCUCAUCAGAAACUGCUUUGAAAUUCAUGUGGUUAAAUGGGAACCUCUGGGAAAAUCAGAUGAGGAAAGAACUUGUUAAUAACAAGCCAUGCACUGCUCCUGUUAUAUAGAGCAACAGUUUUACUCCACCAGCUGAGGUUCUCUUCCCUGUGGUUUUGAGCUUCACUGUCUAGGGACACCCUGAGGAAAACAAGUGUGUGUAGAGACCAGACCAGUGUUGUGAUGCCAUCAGGAAGAGCAGUUGCAGAGUUCUUCCCCUGUCACACUGGGUUCUUACCCAUUUUUGCAGCAGGAGCUGUAUUUUCCAGGGCAGACUCCUUGUAGGUACUUGCCUUCUUGCCACCACUGAUCCAGUAACACUGUGGUUGGUGUUGGGAAGGACCUGCCCUGCCAUGAAUUUGAUUUAUCAGAUGAGAAAGCCCAGGUUUUCAGAUGUCAUCCUGGCAACGAUUUUGGCUACCAAGUCAGACAUGUGUGGCAAAAAGUUCGAGCUGAAGAUCGAUAACGUUCGCUUCGUUGGCCAUCCCACGCUGCUCCAACACGCCCUCGGGCAGGUAUCCAAAACUGAUCCCUCACCAAAGAGAGAGAUGCCCACUAUGAUUCUGUUCAACGUGGUGUUUGCACUAAGGGCCAACGCGGACCCGUCGGUGAUAAACUGCCUGCACAACCUGUCCCGCAGGAUCGCCAUCGUCCUGCAGCACGAGGAGCGCCGCUGCCAGUACCUCACCAGGGAGGCCAAGCUCAUCCUGGCCAUCCAGGAUGAGGUGUCUGCCAUGUCAGAAACCACAGAAGGGCCACAGUCACCUUUUCAUCACAUCCUACCCAAGUGCAAACUGGCCAGAGAUCUCAAAGAGACAUAUGACAGUCUCUGCACGACAGGGGUGGUUCGUUUGCACAUCAACAACUGGCUGGAGGUGAGUUUCUGCCUCCCUCACAAAAUCCACUAUGUUGCCACCAACUUCAUACCCCCAGAAGCAAUUGAGAGGAGUCUGAAAUCCAUCAGGCCUUACCAUGCCUUAUUACUUUUAAAUGAUGAGAAGUCGUUGCUUAAUGAGCUCCCGUUGGACUGCUCUCCUGCCCUGGUGAGAGUAAUUAAAACUACCUCUGCUGUGAAGAAUUUGCAGCAACUGGCUCAAGAUGCUGACUUGGCAUUGCUGCAGGUUUUCCAGCUUGCUGCACAUCUCGUUUACUGGGGAAAAGCAAUUAUUAUUUAUCCUCUUUGUGAAAACAAUGUCUACAUGCUCUCUCCAAACGCCAGUGUCUGUCUUUACUCUCCCUUGGCAGAGGCGUUUUCCUGCCAGUUCCGUGGCCACAACCUGCCAUCCAUGCUCUCCAAGUUCUCCCUGCCCGUGUCCCUCUCGGAGUUCAAGAACCCGCUGGCGCCGCCCGUGCAGGAGACCCAGCUCAUUCAGAUGGUGAUAUGGAUGCUGCAGCACAGGCUCCUGAUCCAGCUCCACACCUACGUGUGCCUGAUGGUGCCCCCGAACGAGGAGGAUCUCCGGGCCCAGGACGAAGACAUGCCCUUCACUGCCAGAGUUGGAGGCCGAAGUCUGAGCACCCCCAACGCCCUCAGCUUUGGUUCUCCAACCAGUAGUGAUGACAUGACUCUGACAAGCCCCAGCAUGGAUAAUUCCAGUGCUGAGUUGAUACCUGGUGGGGACUCACCCCUGAAUAAAAGGAUGACGGAGAAUCUCCUCGCCAGCUUGUUGGAACACGAGCGGGAAGCGAUCCUGAACGUCCCUGCUGCCCAGAACCCUGAGGAUCUGCGCAUGUUUGCGAGGCUCCUGCACUACUUCCGGGGGCGGCACCACCUGGAGGAGAUCAUGUACAACGAGAACAUGCGGCGCUCGCAGCUGCUGAUGCUCUUCGACAAGUUCCGCAGUGUCCUGGUGGUCACCAGCCACGAGGACCCCGUGAUCUCCGUCUUUCAGUCCCUCCUGAAGUGACUCUGCUGGCACAGGAAGGGAACCUGCCACGCUCUCUGUGUCUAAAAGAUGCCUAAACGCUGAAGGAGGUGAUUUCUCGCCACGUGGCACAGAGCAGGUUCUCCCCCUCCUCCGUGUCCCCCCUGCUCCCUGGUGACAGUGAGGCCACUCUGUGCCGGGCUCUGGGCCUGCUGCAGGACAGCACGGGCCUGCCCAGCCAGGGUUCCACAUCCACAGCCCUUCCCUGCCCCUGCUGCCCCCGGGGACUGUGAGAGAGGACAAGGAGAGUUCCCCUGUGGGGCUGCUGACAGACUGUCACCUUCUGCUGGAUGCUGGUGCAUAGAAAGUGCUUCCUCUGCUCUCCAGCACGACUCCUGAGCCACUCAGCCAUGUCCCCACAGCACAGCCUCUGCUCCAGGCACAGUGGAGCUGGCCUGGAUUACAGGGAAAUGACCCUGGUACCGAGGAGUUCUCUUGAUCGUUGUUACCUGAGGACGUGGACAGGAAGGCAAAGGAUCACAAGUAAACAAUUCCAUGAAUGA